AUGGCUAUCAUCAAUCUCUUUCAACUCUCUUGCUUCAUUACUCUUGCUUUGGUGAUGAUGAUCAUGUCCCUUACCACCACCGCCAUCACCAUCUCAAAACCUCGGCGGUUUGUCAGCAAACUCAUUCACUCUCAUCACACCGUUGAAUCUCCCAUUGAAAGCUCAGCCGCACGUUUUGAUUACUUACAGGCAAGGACUCUUGGCACUAGCAGUGAUGACUUUCGGUCUGGUCUUGUUCCAGACAGUAAAUAUCAUGCGCUUUUUAUGGCAAACAUAUCCAUUGGUGAACCCCCUGCUCCACAGCUCCUAUCUAUGGACACAGGCAGCCCUGUGCUGUGGACACAAUGCCUCCCUUGCACCAAAUCAUUCUGGAAACCUUGUUUUACCCAAACCCUCCCAGUUUUUGAUCCUUCAAAGUCUUCCACAUACGCCGUUAUGUCUUGCACGACGUCGACCUGUCUCGCAUUCCGCAGCAAGGACGGCCCGUGCGACGCUGCAAAAAAUUGUCAGUUCUCUGAAAAUUACACCGAUGGCACGGCCACGGCCGGAGUGGUUGCGACGGAAAAGCUGACCUUUGAGACCUCUGAUGAAGGAAUAACAUCGGUUUCCAAUAUUGUUUUUGGUUGUGCAAAUAACGUUGAUAGCGGUGCUAAUUUGAAUGACCAAAGUAGUGGAAUACUUGGUCUUAGCAAUGAUAAUCUGUCUUUGGCGACUCAAUUGGGUUCUAAAUUUUCUUAUUGUCUAGGGCUUGUGAGGGAUCUUCAAUAUCCUCAUAAUCAGUUGAUACUUGGUGAGGGUGCAAGAAUGGAAGGCCCCAAAACCCCAGUUGAAUAUGUCAUGGGCCUUUACUUUCUAACCCUAGAAGGGAUUACUUUGGGAAAUACAAAGCUUUACAUUGAUCCCAUAGUAUUCAAAAACACGCCGUCAGGUGGAGUCAUCAUCGACUCGGGUACGUCAUUGACUUAUCUAGCAAGAGCUGCGUUCAACAUACUUAAGCUUGAAGUAGAAGCCUUGACGAAUGGGGUGUUGACACGUAGGGACAAACCUGGUUACGAACCUCCCUGUUACGAGGGUGUUAUUGACCGUGACCUUUCCGGAUUUCCGAUCCUCAUCUUUAACUUCGCGGGUGGAGCUGACCUGGCGUUGGACACAAAGAGCUUGUUUGUGGAGGCUCUUCCAAAUCAAUUUUGCAUGGCUGUGGCACCGAGUAUUAAGAAUCCUAGCUUGAGUGUUAUUGGAUUAUUGGCUCAGCAGAACUAUAAUAUUGGCUAUGAUCUUGCUGGAAAAACUAUUUCCAUCGAAAGGAUAGACUGUGAACUCUUGGAGACGUCGACCAAAAUCUAG